UUGCAUUGCUCACAUGAACCGUAAUCAAAAUCAAUCAUUCCGCAUAGGAGAGCAGUUCUUAUCGGACGUGUUUCAGUUUUAGUUGUGGCAGCAAUGUCAAUCGCAAACAAAAUCUUUUUUUUCGCGAUCCUUCUGCUUGUAACUAGUCUACACGAGAAUAACGCUGAAUACCAGUGUGGAAAGCUAAGCCGGCGGGCAGGUUUCGUGAUUAAUGCCGAUGAGACGGAAAACGUCUGGCCCUGGCAUGUCGCUGUCUACAAUGUAAGCGAUAAGUAUAUAGCCGGUGGAACGAUCGUUAGUGAUCGUUUCGUAUUGACGGCAGCUCAUGUGACCUUUCGGAAUGAACAUAUUGCGUUGCAUCCCUUCGAGCUGCACGUCAGGAUGGGUAUUCACGAUUUGACCAAUCCCCAGAAUUACACGCGCUACGGUAAUGUAUCCAAGAUUAUUCGGUAUCCGAACUACGACACCAAACUGUUGAUGAAUGAUCUGGCAUUACUGAAAUUGGUUGAACCAAUUGAGUUUAGUGUUUACAUAGCACCAAUUUGUUUGUGGCCGACGGAUGGACCGGACUUAGACAACGUAGCGGCCAAGCAACAGGGUACCGUUGUUGGUUGGGGAUUCACAGAGAAUAGUACGGUUUCACAGGUUCUGCGGGAAGCUAAAAUGUCGAUCAUAGAUUUCCAGAGCUGCGCUGAGAAUACGAAAUCGUUCCAGCAGUUACUAGCCAAGGGUAAAAACUACUGCGCCGGGAAUCGAGGUGAAACAACCGUUUGUAGGGGCGAUAGCGGCGGUGGAAUGUAUUUUAUGAUCGACUUCACCUGGUACCUGAGAGGUAUCGUUAAUCAGGGCACUCCCACGCAAGACACUCGGUAUCCGUGCGAUCCAAGCAAGGAGGUACUUUUUAUGGAUGUUCCGUACUAUCAAAAGUGGAUUGAGCGGUACACUCUACCGGAGCAACACAACCGACUGGCACUGCGUAAGUGUGGUUUGGGAAUUUACGUGGAAUCGGCACAGAAGAUAAAUAAAGUACUGACAGCGGACAGAAAUCCGUGGAUGGCUCAUCUGCACUAUCUCUUUUGGGACCGUUUCUACGUGAGUGAUUGUCAUGGGAUUCUUGUUCAUCCGGAGUUUGUACUGACGCUUGCCAGAUGCAUUGUAAAACAAGCCAACCGAGAACUAUUACACGUUGUGCUAGGUGAGUCAACGAUAGGACCGAACCCGUUUGAUGGAAGCCAGCACGACGUUCUAUUCAUCGGCAUCAGCGACACGUUCAUACAUGAUAAAUUCGAACAGAAUCGAUAUGGCUACGAUGUGGGGCUUGUUCAUUUGACCAGGGCAAUCGACGCCAACAGAGACAUUGCCACCCCGAUAUGUUUGCCAGCUAGACUCGAACCGAAUCCGUACUUUGUCCUUACGGCGUGGUACCGCCGAGAUGACCAUCCUAAAGAGCUUUCUUCUUCAUUGCUUCAGCCAGUACGGUUCUUCUCCUGCAGUUCGCUGUACAAUCGGGCAGGAAUGGCGAUUUCAGCGGAUUCGUUCCUCAACUGCUAUCAACACUGCAAACUAUCGGAAAAUGUGAAAGCCAACGGAACCUACACUUGCGAGUUGAUAUAUGAGAAAGACUGUCGAUUUCCGCUAUCCGGUGGACCGGUCUUCUACACCAAACAUGACGGCUACAGCACGUACACUUAUCUGGCUGGUAUGCGAUCGUUCGGGUCAGCCGAUUGUAAGGACAAGCUGAAUGAUAUUUACACGGAUGUUGUGAUGCUGGGACCAUGGAUUUCCAAAACAAUCGAAGAAAACGCCCUGUUUGUCGAUAAAAUCUAGCACGGUAGAGUUAGAGACUUUUAUUAGUUCGUUCCAAUGUCACUUACUUAAAGGAGGUAACAUAAAUGGUGAUUAUUUUUUUGAAUUUUCUAAUUACACUAAUUUUCAAUUAGAUGCGUCAUUAAGUACAAUAAGUUUAUUCUAAUCAAAUUACCAUGAUCGGUUCGCCCUUAUCAGGGCUGCAUUAAAAUGGACAUAGUUCAUUUUGUUUCACUGUCUCUAUCGACUGUUGCGAGUAGAAUAAAUAAAAAAAAAACUAAG